UUUUUUUUUUGUUUUUGUUUUUAAUGUCGCUACUUAGGAACAGAAGUAUGUAUAAUAUAGUUCGUAGUUGCCUUUCGAUUUUUCGAUCUCAGCACGCUUAAAUUCGCGAUCGAGUAUUACCAUUUACAACGACCUCGCGAGCGAUUUUUUUCUGCCCGAUAAGAUUACAGCUAUCGGAAAGUGGUAGUGUGCCGUUGUAAUCGAGCCGUCGCGUCGUCGAUUUAACGAUAAUCCCGGCCCGUGAAGCGGGAAACAGCGCGCGUUUGAAAGUUCAGUCGCUCAGGUGGUUACGUCGCGGAAAGUCGCGGUCGUGUUUCGCUCGCGGUCGCCAACAGAAUGCAGGCAAGAAAUGCCGGCUCGACAUCGCACGUUUCGAAGAUUGAUACGUUACGUUUCGCAAUUGUAACGAUAAAUCGCGCUUCCUUCCAUGAGUAAUCCCUCAUCCACGAGUGCGUGAUCUUUUCAAGGUCCUCUCGACUAUUUUACCCACAACGUACAGCGUCCGCGCUGGCAGUUCGACGCGAUUUGAACGAUCGAUAACGCUGCAGAAAAACGAAAGCGGCAAUAAUCGCGAAAAGCAAAUACGAUCUCAUCCGGUAGCUGCCGUGGAAUUCGAUACGGUGACAUGUCUGUGAACAUUUCCACUACGAUUUGUCAAUCGACUCGACGCUCCUUACGACAAAGAUAACGUAUCCGAGUUUCUUGCGGUCGAUCGAUCGGCUAACAAGCUUUCGUCGCGCGUUCCUUCGAAGUGCAGAACCUUAAGUGGAAAUGAGCGGCGACUGAGUGAUCCGCGAAAGGAAGGCUGGUGAUCGAAAUCACUUUUUCAAAAAUAUUUGGCCUACGUCGAAGAUAAGCCCACCCCGCGAUUUUUGCUGCGUCGGAGCGAUUACCGAUGACAGACCGCACUUACGCCGGUCGGAUAUUGCUGAGUUUGGAUAUUCAUGAGCGUCCUGCUCGUGGCUUGCGGCGUUGUUGCGAAGCCGGGUUAAAUAGAUCAAACGCUUGAACGAAAGUAGUAGCAAGCGAAUGUGACUUUUAGUACGACGAUGGAAGUUUUCAAACUUGCCGUUUGAAGGAUACGUUGCAACAAUUACGUUAACAAUUAAGAUUCGAAGAGUUCGAAUUACGAGCAAAAUUGUACAUUCUGAGGAAAGCAUGUAAUUGCAAAAUUGUAAUACAAAGUAUAAUUGUAGAUAAUUGUGUUUCCACGCAUUUCUCUGUACACGGUGUGUCCGUUCUCAUGGUUCUCAUAAGCAAAAUUAUCACGUUUCAUCGGUAGAAAAAAGAAAAACGAAAAAUGUCGGUAAUCGUAGGUAUAGUGUAAUAGUAUACGAGUCUGAGUCAUACAUUCUAUUGUUAUUUACCGUAGCUGUCUCCUUCGAUUUAAUCGCAGUAUCGAUUGUAAUCAAUUACAUGGAUACUGCGUUCGAGCGUUCGAGACGAAAAUAAACUAAACUAUAUACUUUCUCCGAACGUGAGUUCGUAGGAUGGAGAACUUUUUGUGCGAUCGCAACGAAUUCACUUGAAACAGGAGCAAAACGAAAUCUCCUUCCAAAGGUCUUGCAAUCGUGCGCAGGUGAUCGAUCGAACCAUUACGAAAAUGGAAACAAUGGAGGAGCGGUCUCCGUUGUUGGAGAGGAAAUUAAGCACCUCGACGAAAAUCGCCUAUGCUUUCGGGCAUAUUUUCAACGACCUCACUGCUGCCAUGUGGUUCUCUUACACCCUCAUCUAUUUUCAAAGGGUAGCUCUGCUGGAGCCGAUCGUUGCUGGUGCUCUCUUACUUUUAGGCCAAAUCAUAGACGCAUUUAUGACUCCGAUCUUCGGAAUAUUGGUGGACCGGUACCUGAAGAAGAAGAUCUGGCAUAUAGUCGGUUCAGCGAUGAUCACGCUGUCGUUUCCAGUGAUCUUCGGUGGUUUUAGCAAACCGUCAAACGCAGGCAUCAUGCUUGUCUACGUGCUCAGCAUCGCCGUGUUUCAAACUGGCUGGGCAGCUGUGCAGAUAUCACACUUGUCCAUGAUUCCAGCGUUAACGGAUUCACUGCUGCAACGAGCAGAUUUAACUGCAAUAAGGUAUUCCGCUCAAGUUGGUGCAGCUGUCGCGGUGUUCGUUGUUACGUGGAUAGUUCUACCCACGAACGAAGGAGCAAUGGUGCGAUUGGCCGAGCAGGACAGUUAUAAGUUUAGAAAUAUCGUGUUGACUUUGACGUCCAUCGGUCUGGUCGCCACUGUACUCUUUCACAUAUUUUUAAAAGGCAACCUCUUGGAGAAUUCCGAUUUGCGCAAAGGGAACGUCGAAGAAGCUAGAAGACUAUUCGACAAUCCCGAAAACGAUCGAACCUCCUGGGUCAGUACGUCGAUUUUACUAAGGGUAGCUAUGUUGUACGUAGCCAGCAGGCUCUUCAUCACGCUGGCAACUGUGUAUCUGCCAUUGUACAUAGAAGAAACCGACGUGAAUGGGAAAGAGGCCCUCGCUACCGUUCCGUUGGUCUCUUACUUAUCCUCGUUUAUCGCCGCUUUGUUGCUGAAGUAUAUUAACAAGUCGUGUGGGACAAAGGCGUGUUAUUUGUUAGGCACUUUAAUUGGAAUUCUUUCCGCUGUAAUUACCAAAUACGGUGGCAAUUCCACGGCAAUUAUAUACAUUGUCGCGAUUCUAAUAGGAAGUGGAAGCUCGAUCACAAUGGUUACAGCAUUGAGCGUGACAGCAGAAAUAAUUGGUCCACGGACGGAGCGAAGCGCCAUCGUCUACUCGAUCGUGACUUUCCUCGACAAAGUCGUUACGGGCCUGGUUGUAAUUAACAUCGAGAGAUGGAGGUGCACGGAACCAGCGUUCUGUCCAAAUUACAACAGAGACACUUUGGCUCUCGUUUGCGCUCUCUCCAUGUCUUUGGGACUCGUUACGCUAUUUUCAGUUUCGCGAUGUUUAACAUAACGGAAUGGGGCAGACGUAACGGAAGCUACUUUAUUUUCGCACUUACGUUUUUACUCUCACGCAGAAAGGAAUUAAACCCUCGUUAUAUGGAACGUUUGAAAAGAAUAAAGAAAGAAAAACCUCUGUC